AUGCGCAUUGCUCUUUGGGCACCAGCCCUAGCCUCUACUGCCGCUGCCUUGGCUGGCCGUUCGGUGAGCAGCACUACCGUUAUUCCAACCGCAACCCCUAUUUCUUCGAGUACUCCCGGGCCCAUAAGCAGUGAUGCCUUUAUCUCUUCUCAGUUCGAGCAAGGGUCCAUGAAGCGCGUCUGCCAAAACGAGGGUGAUCCAGCGGCAGAUUGGGAGGAGUUCAGGAUGGGCGAGUUUCUGAACCAGACCUCAUCUCAGUGGUGCAGCAACCCCGAGUUGUUCAGCAGCAGCAAAUACGACAUCUCCUGGCCCAGGAAACUCUCCAGCUUGCUGCCUCAAAAUGAAAGAUGGCAAUGCUCAGCGACGGGCUCGUGCGACAUCCCAAAGAACGUCACCUGGUGCGACGACAACCGGAACGCCCAAGUCCAGUUCGCCCUCUACUCUGUGCUAAACUUUCACGAUUGGAUGGCAAUCCUGCGCAGCGCGAUCCAGGGCGCGGGGGAUCAUUUUCAAUAUGUCCAGACCGACCUCGUCACCACAUUCACCACGCACGAUGUCUCCAACUCCAAUCCCGCAGCUGAGGGACUGUCGAUCGGUGCUGCGGUCAUGGGUGUUGUUGGUGCUCUCGGUGGUGCCGCGGGACCUGCUGGACCAGCUAUUCAGGGUGCUGCUGGUGUUGUCGGUGCAGGGUUAGGUCUGGGGUCUUCCAUAGCAGCCCUUGACACACCUAACCCGGCUGAGGUACUUCAAAAGGAAAUGGACACGCUCGGCGACAUGGGCGAGCUCUUCGGCAACGGCUUCAAGAAGGCCAAAGAUUAUUAUAGGGAUCUCACUGCCAGAGUCGUUCAGGAUAUCCCGGACGAAGACUGCGAGAGUUAUGUUGACUCUCCCGAAAGUGGUCCAGCCAUACUCAGCAGCGGAAUCUAUUCAGGCGAUAUCUCGUACAGCAGCGAGAAGCAGGCCAGAGAUCUUGCCAUGGUGCUUACGGACACUGCGGCUGUGGGUUUUCUCUGGAAGACAGAGGAGAUCUACAUUGCAAAGCUGACCAAGCAAAUUGAUGGCAUGGACGCGUGCGAUGCCUACCAUGAUUUUGAGGAUCUUUGGGGAGCGUGUGACGACUCAACGGGCACGCUCUAUCUCUUUGUCCCGUGGAAGUAUACCAGCAUAAGGGAUGAAUGGGACCCGGUCCCGGGUAUCGAGGACGUUGCAGACUUCAGAUAUGACCCGGAGGAGUCUCUGGACGAAGAAACCUAUCAUGUCGAUUUGCUGAGCAUGGCGAAAGCUGCUGAAAUCAACCAGCAGACCAAUGGAUACAACAGCUCCGGGUCUCCCGGUACCAUGAUGGACAGUUUGCAGCGUGAGGACGGUGGCAUUGAAAAUGCUCUGCCCAUCAACCUUCCAGUCUGCUACCUCGAUAACAUCAUCGACCACUACCUCGAGAAGAACGAGGACAGUAAGAAGGAAACCGUUGUCAAGGAUGCACUCAGCCGUGGCUGUGCAUCGAUUCCUAACAAUAUCAAGCACUGGCCGUACAAGUACAAGGGCGACCCCAAGGAGCCAGCAACGUACUUCAACCAAAACCCGGAAGUCGAUGACGCGAAGGACUCUAUUGUGAUAGAUGGCCGGGGCUAUGUGAUCUACCCUAAUCUAGAUGAAGACUGGUGGGUGUACUGGGAUUAG